CCCGCCUGGUUUUUAAAGGGCUCUUGGUCCGUGCGACGCAUACAUCCAGCUUCCCCAGAUCCCAAAAAGGGUAAAAACUUAUAACGCGUGACGCAAUCUGCACAAAACGGGAAAAGGGCCUAGACUUGCAGCUUAUCAUGUGACUACUGGUGUAUGUAAGCACCGGCGACGUUUUGUCUUCCUGUUCGUGUUGGCAGUGGAGUCUUUGGAGUCGUCGGCGCGUCAGGCCCCGCGUCACUUGCAGACACAAAUCAACAUAAAUGAAGAAAUACCGAUGAGAUAUAGGCCCAACAUAUCCCUAUCAAAUUCAUGGCCACCAUUGCCGUAGCUCGCGCAUAUCAAGCAUCCUUCCAAUCUCGUCCUCACACAACCCUCGCUGUUACCGGCGGAACUUUCAAUGCUCUGGGCGACUUUGUGGCCCAGACAUAUCAGAAUACGUACGGAAAGCAGGAACAUACUGGCCCUUUUCGCUAUGAUUUAGAUCGUACUUUACGCUUCUUUUGCUUUGGUUUCGCUAUCAGUCCUCUCAUCGGAAGAUGGAAUGUCUUCCUCGAGCGUCAUUUCCCCCUCCGCGCUUCGUCGGGGUCAGGCAGUGUUAGUUUAAAAGCAUUGUUCAAAAGGGUGGCAGCGGACCAGAUCGUAAUGGCUCCAAUUGGACUCUCGUUGUUUCUAGGUUCCAUGGGUGUCAUGGAGAGACGGACUAUGCCUCAAAUCAAACAAAAGUUUUUCGACCUCUACACACCCGCUCUGAUUACAAACUGGCAAGUUUGGCCAAUAGCGCAACUCAUCAAUUUCCGUUUCAUGCCCCUGCCCUAUCGUGUCCCAUUCCAGUCCACAUGUGGUGUGUUCUGGACACUCUAUCUGUCGAUCAUUAAUUCCAAGGAGGAUAUGAAACAAGACCGAGAGGUUGAAUUACACAAAACUCUCAUACAAUGAUUCAAUUGAUAUGAAGAAUUUUCGUGAACCUUCUGUUCCUUUCUUUGUUCAUACAUUAGCUGUCUUCAAUAUUCAAUGUAGCUCUAGCAAUCACCUCUCCACAC